CCGGGGAGCGGGGUGAGCUCCCGCUGUUAGCCCCAGCUCCUGCCAAACUAGCAGUUCGAAAACAUGCCAAUGUGAGUAGAUCAAUAGGUACUGCUACGGCCUCACACAGUCAUGACCUAGGAGGUGUCUAGGGACAACGCCGGCUCUUCGGCUUAGAAGUGGAGAUGAGCCCCAACCCCCGGAGUCGGAUACAACUAGACUUAAUGUUUACUUUGACCUCUUGUAUACUAAGGCCGAGUCAGAACGAGAUGUGUGUUGUGUACUAUUGUAUACUAUGAGAUGUUUCUUUUCAUUGCGGUCUCUUGGCAUGUCGUUAGUCGACACGAAUAGAUUAUUAAAAUACGCAAAACAAAGAUGAAACAUAAGACGCAAGCGGAAAAUUCGUCUGGGUAAAAUUGUGUCUGGAAUUGCGACAGCUGAUGUGUGCAGAGACCCUGACGUGUUGUGUUGUUGGCGUGUCUCCUUUCGCUUUCCCCUUGCGGUGCCUCUCGGCCUCCUCCCUCCCUCUUUCCCUCUUUCUCUCCUCCCCUUCCUUUCUUCCUUCCUUCCUUCCUUCCAUCCUCCUCCAUCCCUCCCUUUCCUCUCCUCCUCCUCUUCUCUUUUCACUCUCAAUGCCACUUUCUGUUGAGAAACAAACAAGAGGGGAGCAGAUUUCGGCGUCCUGCCUUGGCUGAUUCGGAUUGGAUCUGGAGCCAGGUCUGAACUCACUCUUUCUCUUGAGAGACAAGUCUGCGCUCGGCUUCCUGUUCUCUUCGUGUUGGCACAGAGUUCUCCACCACGCUCCGCUCUGCAUUUAGUUGAGUGUGAGUCGCUUCUGCACUCCGCUUCCUCCUUGGAGACAUCUCUACUUGAUAUUAUUGUCUACUUCGACAUUAUGAAAGUCUUCACGCUUUGUUUGUUGACAACUCCUCGCUCCAAAUUUGAAGUCAAAUCUGACUGAGGACAACUCUGCUUCCUCUUGGAGAAGACACUUUCCCACUGGGUUCUUCUUUGGAGACAACUUGGCUUCUUGUUUCAGAAGAUACCUUCCUUCUGGGUCCUUCUUUGGAGACAACUCUGCUUCUUCUUCUAGAAGACACCUUCUCUCUUUGGGGACAACUUUGCUUCUUGUUCGAGAAGAUACCUUCCUUCUGGGUCCUUCUUUGGAGACAACUCUGCUUCUUCUUCUAGAAGACACCUUCUCUCUUUGGGGACAACUUUGCUUCUUGUUCGAGAAGAUACCUUCCUUCUGGGUCCUUCUUUGGAGACAACUCUUCUUCCUCUUCAAGAAGAACCUUCUCUGUUUGGAGACAAGUCCACUUCCACUUCGAGAAGAACCUUCUCUGUUUGGAGACAACUUUGCUUCUUGUUUGAGAAGACACCUUCCCCUUGGGUUCUUCUUUGGAGACAGCUUCGCUUCCUCUUCGAGAAGAACCUUCUCUGUUUGGAGACAACUUUGCUUCUUGUUUGAGAAGACACCUUCCCACUGGGUUCUUCUUUGGAGACAGCUCCGCUUCCUCUUCGAGAAGAACCUUCUCUGUUUGGAGACAACUCUGCUUCCUCUUUGAGAAGACACCUUCCCACUGGGUUCUUCUUUAGAGACAGCUCCACUUCCACUUCAAGAAGACAUCUUCUCUCUUUGGAGACAGCUCUGCUUCCUCCUCGAGAAGAUACCUUCCCUCUGGGUUCUUCUUUGGAGACAACUCUGCUUCGUCUUCGAGAAGAACCUUCUCUGUUUGGAGACAACUUUGCUUCUUGUUUGAGAAGACAUCUUCCCCUUGGGUUCUUCUUUGGAGAGAAGUCCACUUCCACUUCAAGAAGGACCUUCUCUGUUUGGAGACAGCUCUGCUUCCUCUUUGAGAAGACAUCUUCCCCUUGGGUUCUUCUUUGGAGACAAGUCCACUUCCACUUCAAGAAGACACCUUCUCUCUUUGGAGACCACUCUGCUUCCUCUUCAAGAAGACACCUUCUCUGGAGACAGCUCCGUUCCCUGUUCGACAAGACACCUUCCCUCUGGAGUCUUCUUUGGAGACAGCUCCACUUUCUCUUCGAGUAGAACCUUCUCUCUUUGAAGACAACUCCUUUCUGGAGAUGAAUUGAGGAGACACGUCCUUUCUGGAGACAAAUUGAGGAGACACGUCCUUUCUGGAGACAAAUUGAGGAGAUACUUCCUUUCUGGAGACCGAUUGAGGAGAUACUUCCUUUCUGGAGACCGAUUGAGGAGAUACUUCCUUUCUGGAGACCGAUUGAGGAGAUACUUCCUUUCUGGAGACAAAUUGACACUUCCUUUCUGGAGACCGAUUGAGGAGAUACUUCCUUUCUGGAGACAAAUUGAGGAGACACUUCCUUUCUGGAGACCUAUUGAGGAGACACCUCCGUUUUGGAGACGAAUUGAGGAUACACUUCUUUUCUGGAGACCAUUUGAGGAGACACCUCCUUUCUGGAGACCUAUUGAGGAGACACCUCCUUUCUGGAGACAACCCUGCUCCAUCUUUGCUUGGAGGUGACAUCUCACCUUUUAGAAGGUGUUGGCCAGCUCCGCCUACCACCAUGCCCUUGAGUGCUGCCCCACAGACCCAGCUGUUCCCCUUUGAGCGCAUCGUGGUCCUCCUCUCCUGUGCCCUCUCCUUCCUGGGCUCGGGUCUCCUGGUGGGCACCCAUGCUUUGUGGCCGGAGCUACGGACCCGUCCCCGCCAGCUGCUCCUCUACCUCUCCUUGGCCGACCUCCUCUCGGCCGCCUCCUACUUCUACGGGGUGCUGAUGGACUUUGGCUCCUCCUCGUGGGACUGCGUGGCCCAGGGGGCCCUCUCCACCUUCGCCAACACCAGCUCCUUCUUCUGGACCAUGGCCGUGGCCUUCUACUUGUAUCUCACCAUCGUCCGGGGCUCGCACUCCAGCGCCGCGCUCCUCUGCUUCUUCCACGUGGUGAGUUGGGGUGUCCCGCUCAUCAUCACGGUGGCAGCGGUCGGUCUGAAGAAGAUCGGCUAUGAUGCCUCCGACGUCUCCGUUGGCUGGUGCUGGAUCGACAUCAAUUCGGAGGACCGGGUCUUUUGGAUGCUGCUGGCGGGGAAGAUGUGGGAAAUCCUGGCCUACGUGACGCUCCCCGUCUUCUACCUCCUCAUUAAGAAGCACAUCAACCGAGCGCACGCCGCCCUCUCGGAAUAUCGGCCGAUUCUGUCCCGGGCGACCGACUCCCAGCCCCGGACCUCCGUCGCGGAUAAGAAGUUGGUCUUGAUCCCGGUUAUAUUCAUCUUCCUCCGCAUCUGGAGCACCAUCCGGUUCGUGCUGACGCUCUGCGGCUCCCCGGCCGUCCAAAACCCACUGCUGGUGGUCCUCCAUGGCAUUGGGAACACCUUCCAAGGCGGCGCCAACUGCAUUAUGUUCGUCUUUUGCACCCGAGUCGUGCGGAACAAGCUGCUUUCCUCCUGGUGUUGUUUUCGGAGCGAAGCCAGUGAGGAUUCCCUGCCGAGGCCAGAAUCCCGUGCCCUUUCCAGGACAUCGUCCCUUAAAGAUUGGGGGGCUCAGGACACUGACCGGGAGCGGGACGAAUUUCCAAGCACCUGAACUCGGCCACAUCUGUAUCACCAUCACAGGUGUGGCCUUACCUGGCUGAUGUUUUGCCUGUAACAGAAAUACUACCUUUAGAGGGAGCUAUUUCCUUGAGGAUGAAAGAGCAAACUAUAAAGCCCUUAUCCCGUGUUUGGGACUGGCUUCCUCCUUGCUCAGGGUUUUUCUGGAUGGUAUUAUAUGGACGGGGUCCCGCUUCCAUUUUCACCGGUUGCUGGGUUUCUAUUGGUUUGUUUAUUUUUGGAAUUUUGGGGGAAAUUGGACAUUUUUCGGUCUAAGGAAGGCAAGACAAACGUGGUGAUUUUUGGACUCUGGUUCGUCAUCUCAAGCAUAUCAUUGGCAACAAUGAUGGGACUCGGAGCUCAACAACAUCAAGGUGAUCAACCUGGUUUUUAUAUACCUGAAUCGGAGAGCAUUGAUGUUGGACUAAGUCUGUAUGGUUUGUUUGUUUUCUAAUCUGUACACAUAAUAAAAGUGAAAAUAUGUAUGUA